AUGCAAAGAAUCAUAGUUGCUCCAGCUCACGAAGCUUCUCCUGGUGCAGUUCGUCGUCUUCAAAAAGACUAUGCAAAACUUCAACAAGAUCCAGUCGAUGGAAUCAUUGCACUUCCAAACGACGCAAAUAUUCUCGAAUGGCACUAUUGUAUGAGAGGAUCACCAGAUACAGUUUAUGAGGGCGGCUAUUACUGGGGACAAAUCAUUUUCAAACCCGAUUUCCCUUGGUCUCCACCAUCUAUUUAUAUGACAACUCCAAAUGGAAGAUUCGAUGUGAAUGUUCGUUUGUGCUUGUCAAUCUCUGACUAUCAUCCAGAAUCGUGGAAUCCAGGAUGGACAGUUGCAUCGAUUCUCGUUGGUUUGUUGAGUUUUAUGAAUGAAAAUUCACAUGCUGCUGGUGUUGUUUCAACAACACCUGAAACCAAAAAACAAUUGGCUAAGGACAGUAAGAAGUUCAAUCUUACCGUAGGUUCAAAACACUCUAGCAACCUAAAAAAAACAUCGAUUUUUUUCAGGAUGCAAAAUUCUGCAAAUUCUUCCCAAGUCUUGUUGCCGAAUGGAAUUCCAGCAAAACAGCAGCUCCAACUAUUGUACGUGGGUAAAAUAUCAAUCAAUUGGAAAUAUCACGAAUUAUUUUUAUAGGUAACUAAUCACAUCAAACGAACCCUUCCAACUAAUUCUUCUUCUAACAAUCCAGUUAUCCCAGAGAAAAGACAACGUGUUGCAGCAGCAACGAAUAAUAAUAUGAAUUCAUUGGGCAAAAAACAAGAAGAUGUUAUUGUUCUAGAUUGA